CACCUCGCUCGCGCUGACAGACCCUCCGCGAGCUCGGGGCUGUGUAACUGCGGCUCAGACAACACCCCAGCCCGGUGUCUGGCCCUUCUGACUUUCCACUGUUAGAUUAUCUUCAACCUCUUUAAGUGGUUUGUAGAAUGAAUUUCCCCUUAUAGCAGGUGUACGGUGAAGUCUGGGGUUUUUCUCCUCUUCUGGUCAACCCCGCGUCGGUUUGUGUGAUUAACCGAGCUGUGGCAUCAGUGUUGUACAUGGUCUCUGCGCUGUUUUGAUGUGAGAAAGUUUUAACUGGAAGAUUUGAGCUUUGGAAAAUCCUUUAAGGAGACCAGGAAACUCGACUCUUGGCAGGAAAACUAGUCAAGCUGUUACAGAUGGAGCACCGACUGACAGACAGCCUGAUGGUUGGCUUCAUCUUGAUCAUCCUCCUCUCCACAGGUUCAGCUGAAGUUUACGAGGACUUGAAAUUUUGUGGCACCUGGCGCCAUGGUAACGGCCCCCUGAGUCUGAGCCUGAACCUGAUCACUGGGUGUGAGGGUGUCUUAAUCUCAGCCAGCAAGAACUCUCUGUCCAUUGAUGGGCAGAUCACGGCGCUCUGCAGCCAGUCUAAAGUGAUCCCCCUUCAUCAGACUGGCUCAGAGUUGGAAAGCAACUUCUGUUUGCUCUGGGAGCCGAUGCUGGACCAGCUCAAGCUGCAGUUCAAAGGAAAAAACAUCACUUUGUGCCCGCCUGCCAGCCUGUGGGGCACCUGCUGCACCCAGCUGUCUAAUGGCCCCAAAUCACCUGAAGCGACUUAUGGGAUCCUGAAUGGAAAAGUCAUAACAGAUGUCAUCAGCGACAAAGUGCAUACAGCCUACAAGUUCAACGGGACGCCCAUCGCCUGCAAAACAUUACAUGAUGAAGUUAACCUGGGAUCUGCCCGAGUCACAUAUAUCGAGGACAAAAUGAACGGCAGCACUGCUAAAGUUCAGAUGAUGAAGGAUUUCCAGGGCUUCAACAUCACAUCACCAGCUGACACAAGUGUUUCUGCAGAGUUCACAACCACUGUUCAAAUCCCCAAAGCACUAAAGAAAGCUGCAAGUAGUACCAACGAAGUUGUCUGCACUUUCAUUAAUGACAACUCAAAGUUCAAGGAGGGUCCAGUUGAGGGCAGCAUCCUAAAUGUGGUGGAAAUCACAGUGGGGAAUGAUGUAAUCAAAAACCUAUCUGAGCCAAUAAAGAUAGGUUUCAACCAUGAUGUCAUACCUAAAGGUCACUCAAGGAAUUGUGUUUCAUGGGACACCAGGGAAGAUCCCUCAAAAGUCAACUGGGUGGUCAACGGAUGUAAGACCCGAGAGGUUGGAGCAAAACAAACUGAGUGCGAGUGUACCCAUCUGACUUACUUCACUGUACUGGUGCAAAUGGAGCCUCGACCAGUGCGCCAUCUCCUGGCUCUGACUGCAAUUACAUCUCUGGGCUGUGCUGUGUCUGUGAUCAGCUGCAUUGCUCUCAUUGUUUUUCUCUGCAGGAAGAGUCGGCGUUGUAAGGAGCAGUCCCUGCCAAUCCAUUUGGGCUUAGCGAUUUCUCUUGGCCUCCUCAACCUGCUCUUCUUCUUCACUGGGGUCCUGGCUAAUGUGGGAGGGGAGUGCGUGUGCGCCUGGGUGGGUGCAGCCCUCCACUACACUCUGCUCAGUUCUUUCAGCUGGAUGGGUAUAGAGGUUUUCCACACCUUCUGGUUGGUCUACAUGGUUUUCAGCCCCUCUCCAAGGCCGUUUGUGUGGUACCUGGUCGGUUUUGCUCUUCCUGUUAUCCCGAUUAGCAUUCUGGCUGGAGUUGGAGACAUUUAUGGGAUGAGAAAGGUGGAACAAAGUGAAGACUUGUCAGAUCCUUAUAAGAUGUGCUGGAUGAAAAUUAAUGACAAGGCCAUGCUUGCCCACUACUUAACCAACUUGACCAUCCUGGCCAUCCUGGUGAUCUCAGGCUUGGUGAUGCUGCUCCUGGUCUACAGGCAGAUCCGUACCAGGGAUGAAUGGAGACAGAACCGAGUGGCUUUCUUCAGCAUCUGGGGCCUCAGCUGUCUCUUUGGGACAACAUGGGGUCUGACCUUCUUGGACUUUGGACCUCUCUCCGACUUUGUUCUCUUCCUGUUCUGCAUUCUCAACUCUCUUCAAGGAUUUUUGCUGAUGCUGCGGUUCUUCAUUCUGGACCGGAUAAGGAAACAGACUGGAGGCUCUGGAUUUGGCAGCACAAGCACCGGAUCUACCAGACAACACAUGCUACAGGCUCAAGAGAAGAGCUAGAUGGACUUUCAUCUCCAUUUACAGAAAAAGAAUCAGAACUAAUCAUCUUUUGUAUGGGAAAUGUUUUGGUUUCCUUUUGUGGUAAUUUGUGGUGCGAGUAUUUGUUUUUGGAGGAGUACAGUUCAGUCACUUAUUUACAAGAUUUGUUUGACAUGAAAUGCUGCCAACCAUCAGAGGUUAUCUGAUGCCAAUUUAGUAAUUUCUGUAAAUAGAAACCUGCAUGCAUGUGCAGCUAACAUUUGGUUGUCAGUCAAAUAAUCCGCAACAAAUCUGCUCUUUAUGCCGUGCUGUGAAAGUCAGUAAGCAUUUAGCCUUUAACAACUUCCUGGAAAUGCAUAAGAUAAUAAUGAUUGAUCUGACUUCCAUUUAUAGAACGAGCUGCAAAUUAUUAUCCUCCUCUUGAGCACCGAUCUGGCAAAGCUGACAUAGUUCUUUUUACAAAUCUGCAUCAUAAGGUUAUUUUAGCUAACUUGAGAUUUGUUGGUUGCAUGUAAAUUAGAAGAAAAUUGUCAAUUUCUCUUUUAGACUUGCACCAGUAAAGUGAGCCAGGUGGAAGCUGCUAUGUGACUGGCUAUUCACAGUUGGACCGAGGCUGAAAAGAAACAGAUAAACACUCACUCUUUGAGGGCACAUAAACCACCAAAAUUAUGGAGGUUAUGUCUCAUAGAUGCCUGCAGGGGCAUAUUUUGCUAUGCUUUUGAUGUAAAUUCACUGACAUACCUCUCAAGUUUUGAAUUGGAUUGUAAACAAUACAGCACAGACAGAAUGUCUACGUUUUUUUAAACGCCUCUAAAUGCUAACUGCUGACUUACAGAGAAGUUGUCUGCUGUUCCCAGAGGAUAUCAUAUAUGAUAUCCACGGGGUGAAGGGAUUAAAGAAGACAGUAGAAAAGGUUGAAACUGCAGAAGUCUAGCUGUUCAAGUAAAACUGCCUUCUUCUUAUCAAAGUUAAUGAUAAAAGGAGAAGAAUGCUGCACCACUGAUUGUGAAAAUUUAUUGUUUCAUUGUAGUGCUGUUUGGACAUAAUUCCUGCUUUGCAGUCUCCUAAGUUCUAGUAUUUUAAUAUUCUCAUGUUCAUUUGUCAUCUCGUGAGGAAGAGUAACAAGACUGCAGUCUUUAUGUUUUACAAUCAUACAUACAUUUUCAGAGCUACUGAUGGUACUGAUCUUGCUGGAAGUAUUUGAUCGACCUUCUCUGAUUUGCAGUUUAAAAGUUGUUAGCGGAUACUUGACUUGUAGAUUUUUUUAAGGAGAAGAGAAGAAAUGACACCCUUACUCAGGAAUUGAUUAUACAGGCCAGGAGCCUGGUUACUAAAAUGCCUAGACUGGGUCUAGUUAAAGAAGGGAAGACUGUAUUUGUGAUUUAAAGUGUAAGCUGUGGAUAUAGAUACUGUUUAGAGUGUAAAUGCAGGUUCCUGCACUGUGAUUUCCAUUAUUUUGUAUUGCUGUAUGGCAUGUAUGGUAUUAUGAUUGAAGCUUUGAGGCUUAGAUAAGCUUUUCUUUUGUAUUGUGCUUGUAAUUUGUUUUAGAGCUAUUGUCUUAUAGCACUUUAGAUUCAUAUUUAUACUUAUAGAACCUCAGCAAGCUUUGUUUUAUAUUGUUUUGAUAUGCAUAAAAGGAGUAAAUUCAUGCAAAAAUGUAUGCAUUUUAAAAUAAUAGUUGAGUGUUUCAUAAUGGAUCACUCAAGGGCAGUGGUGUACCUUCACAUCCAUGGCCCACACCCCUCUGUAAAAUUCUUAUUUAUUAGAGAAAGACCAGUUUGUAACUUGAUGUAAAACCAACCAUGAAUGACUAUUAGCAAUGUUUUUUGACUAGAAAUGUCAAAAAAUGUCAGUUUGGAGACUCUAAAUAGACAUAUGGUAACCAAAUGUCAUUAGUAAGAAAAUAUUAAGAUUCUGUGUGUAUUUCAUUAACAGAUGACACAAGAUCUUUGUUCCAUUUUUUUGGGUUGUUUGUUUUUGGUCAUGUUUAACCUACCUACCCCCCCCCAAUUCUGAAAUAUUUAGUACGUGCAUCUGUCUGAAUACAGGUAGAUGCAGGAGAAAGGGUUAAGUUAAUUAUGUGUUCACAGGGCCCCUAGAAGUCCAGAGCCCCAGGCAAUUGCCAACUUUUGCCCACUGGUAAAGUCCACCUCUGCUCAAGGAUGACAUUUUUACAAACAAUAUCAAGACCUUAAGCUAGAAUAUCAAUAUAUUUAUAUAGUAUCAAGAAAGGAACCUCUAUGAGUCCUCUUCUUCAGAAUGGACCAAAAUGCUUUUAAGUGGUGUAACUUUAAUCUACUGUACAUUUCUGCUGCCAAAUAUGGUCCAACAUAAGAUUUGAAUUUAUAUUUCCUGCAUGUUCCUGCUCAUCUAAAUAAGACUCUUCUGUCAUCUGCAGCAGAACCCUCAAGUUGUUUUUGUACACUGUGAUAUUUGCACUUUUUUAUUUUCUAAAGAGACUUUUCACUGAAAUCAUUUUGUGUAUAUAUGGGUUUUUUAUGUAAAUGGAGUUUAAAUAAAUGCCUUUUUGGUUUUAAAAGUAACAAUGGCUGCAGAUCUGAGUACAACUGCGUGGAUGCAAAGUAAGCACACUGGAGGUCUGUUGUUUUCCUGCUCAGUCUUCCCUCCUCCUUAUCUUUGACCGUGUGUUUCCUCCCUGGAGAGUUUAUAGUUGUUGUUCUCUUCACUGGCUGCAUGUUUGCCAACAAAAUUCUCAGUGUCUCUGUUGUGUUCAGAGCAUUUAUUCCUACAGCACAGUGAUGGACAUUUCUUUCUUUGAAGAUUGUGUCUCAAAACCAUCCGGGUUCAUUUUUUACUCUUUUACAACUUUUAUCCACAAUAAGCCAGGGCAGGCUGGCCAGGUCAAAGUUUUAUAAAGAUGGCCUCAGAGAAGAUUCAGUCAUACAAGUCCAUAAAAAGAAGAUCACAAGGUUUCUUCCAUCAUAAAAGGACUGCACAGAGCCAGAGAGAUCCCUGUGACCUUCACCAGUAUGUGUUCGUAGUCUUCCCAAUCCCUGUUACUUGGCAUCUUCUAUCUUAAAUGGACAUUAAUCUUGAAUUUUACUCACUAUUUUGUCGGAUAUGUCACCAGAAUUGUAUUAACCCUGAAACACUCCAUCAAGGACAACAUCGGGAAAAAAAUAAA